AUGGAUAUGAUGGAAGUUCUUUUCAGAAGCAUUACAUCAACCAGGAUUCUGGGUUUCUUAAAUGACAUAUUUGAUGUCUUGCGGUAUUGGAAAUCCCAUAAGUAUCUUCAGCCAAAUCGCUGGCUCCAAAGUUGGUUGAGAAGGGAAAUCCAAGCUCUGAUGCAGGAGGAAGAUGUUGAUAUCAUUAUGCACCACAUACAUGGGCUGAUUCAUUCAUCCCUGACUAGGCACGAACAAAAGGGUCAAACAAAAACACCUGAAGCCAAACAAAGAGAAUUUCAGGAAUCAAUCUCUGAUGCAGCAAGGCCUUUCCUAGCAGCAAGAACUGAUCGGUUUGUAAAUGAGGUGGAGCUAUUUCUUGCUUCGGGUUUGAACAUUGAAGCAUACGAUGCUGUGUGCAUGCAACGCUUAGGUUGGAGUGCUCCAGGAGUAACUACGGAGCCUACAGAAGGAGAACUUGCCGAACACAGACCUGCGAUCCCUUACUUGUAUAUUUUUUAUGACUCCGACUGUAGUGAUUGA